GACCAGACCUUUGAACACACGCUGUGCUUACUGCAGAGUGUCAGUGUCGAAUUCAAAUCGGUAGAGUUUUGUAGUAUUUUAUUAAGUAUUCUUCUCGGAUUUUUGUGGAUAUCGGUGGAGCUGUACAUUAACAAACUUUAGCUGGCUAUUUUGACCAACUACUUCUUAGAACUAGAUGACUGCUUGAAUAACCUGCUUGUCGACAAACUAUUAUUUCGUUCACCUAGAAAUACCUUUUCUGUUUGCGGCCGAAGUACCUUUGUAGUUGGUCAUAAUGAGCUGCAUAAAGGAAGAAACCCGGAGUGCCUCCCCUCACUGCCCCAAACCAGACGAAUCUCAGGAGCCCCUGGGCACAUCCAUGGAGACUGGAGGCGCAGAGGAUGGCAGUGUUAAAUCGGAGAGUAUGACAUCUGAAGUGGUCAUCACCAAGGAAAUGGAGGAAGAGGAGAAGCAGGCGAUGGAGCAAGGGGAGAAGAAAGAAAAACAGAUGAUUGAAAAGGCCCGGGAAUCGUGGGAGAAGGAAACUCAUGACAUGCGCUUCAAGAGGCUGCAACAUUUGCUUCAAAAGAGUAACAUUUACUCUAAAUUCUUGCUGACUAAAAUGGAGCAACAACAGAAUGAGGAGAAACUGAAGAAGGACAAAGUUGAUAAAAAGGGCAAGAAGAUGCAAAAAACAAACGGUGUAGAGUCUGAGAAAGAUACAAAGAAGAGGAAGAGGGAUGAAGACUACAAAAUAGCAGAUGUCAUGUCAAAAGAAGAAAUCAUGUCGCAAACAAAGAAAGUCAAAGUGGAGGAGCAGGAUGAAGCACCGGCUCAAAAGAAACUAGAAGCUGAGGACAUCGAGAAGAUGAGCGACUCCAAUGAAGACAUCAAGAACCGUCUGUCAGAGGUGGUGCGGGACAACGCCAAGCAACUCCUUGAUCCUCACAGAAAGGUGAACGGCCAGCCGGUUCCCGCCCAGCAGCCGGAGAACUUCACCGGAGGGGUCAUGAGGUGGUACCAGAUCGAAGGCAUCGAGUGGCUGAGGAUGCUGUGGGAGAACGGCAUCAACGGGAUCCUGGCUGAUGAGAUGGGUCUGGGUAAGACCAUCCAGUGCAUCGCUCACAUUGCCAUGAUGAUAGAAAAGAAAGUGAUGGGUCCCUUCCUGGUGGUCGCCCCUCUCUCCACUCUGCCCAACUGGGUCAACGAAUUCAAGCGCUUCACACCAGAGGUGUCUGUGCUGCUGUAUCACGGCCCUCAAGCAGAAAGGGCCAAGGUGUUGAAACAGAUCCGCAGGCCUCAGGGCUCCCUCAACAUGUGUCCCGUGGUCGUCACCUCCUUUGAGAUCUCAAUGAUCGACAGAAAGCUCCUACAGCACUUCCAGUGGAAGUACCUGAUAGUGGACGAAGGCCACAGAAUCAAAAACCUCAACUGUCGGCUGGUGAGGGAGCUGAAGAUGCUGCACACUGACAACAAGCUGCUGCUGACGGGAACGCCGCUGCAGAAUAACCUCGCUGAGCUCUGGUCCCUCCUCAACUUCCUGCUGCCAGAGGUUUUUGAUGAUCUUAAGAGUUUUGAGUCCUGGUUUGACAUCGACUCCCUCGAAGAGGCUGAGAAUGUGGUGGCUGCUGAGCGUGAGCAGAACAUACUGAGCAUGCUGCACCAGAUUCUGACCCCGUUCCUGUUGAGGAGGCUGAAGUCAGAUGUGACUCUGGAGGUCCCUCCUAAGAAAGAGAUCAUUGUUUAUGCUCCUCUCGCAGCCAAACAGGAGGCCUUUUACACCGCUGUGGUCAACAAAACCAUCAGCAAAAUGCUGGGCCAGGAGAAGACAGAGGCUCCUGUAGAGUUGACAUCGAGUGGCAGGCCGAAGCGCCGCAAUCGGAAGGUAGUGGACUACCAAGAAACAGAAGGAGACUCGCCAUACAACCUGGAGAAAUACCUGGAGAGGAUUCGUAAGGAACAAGAGCAGAGCUCUCAUUCAGUGCUGGAUGUCCAGAUUCCACUAGAUUCUCAGAUCAACCUAAAGAUGCAGAACAUCCUCAUGCUGCUGAAAAGAUGCUGUAACCACCCUUACCUGGUGGAGUAUCCUCUGGACCCUGCCACACAGGAGUUCAAGAUUGAUGAGCAGCUGGUGAAGAGCUCUGGGAAGUUUCUUAUUCUAGACCGACUGUUGCCGGCCCUGAAGAAAAGAGGACAUAAGGUUCUGAUCUUCAGUCAGAUGACAUCCAUCUUGGAUAUUUUGAUGGAUUACUGCUAUCUGCGGGAUUACCAGUACAGCCGGCUGGACGGCAGCAUGUCGUAUGCUGACAGAGAUGAAAAUAUGACAAAAUUCUCCCAAGACCCCGAGGUGUUCCUGUUCCUGCUGAGCACCAGAGCAGGAGGACUCGGGAUUAACCUGACAGCUGCUGACACUGUCAUCAUCUUUGACAGUGACUGGAACCCCCAGGCAGACCUGCAGGCUCAGGACCGCUGUCACCGCAUCGGGCAAACCAAACCAGUGGUGGUGUACCGCCUGGUCACAGCCAACACCAUUGACCAGAAGAUCCUUGAGAGAGCCUCAGCCAAGAGGAAGCUGGAGCAGAUGGUCAUCCACAAGAACAAGUUCAAAGGAAGGAAGGCCGAUCUGAACCAAAGUAAAAGCUGCAUUGAUCUGGACGAGCUGACAGAGCUGCUCAAAGCCAGGGGCACUGAGAAGGAGGUGAAGGCAUCCCGAGGGAAAGUGAUCAGUGACAAGGACCUGGAGGCUUUACUGGAUCGCAGUGACUUAAUGGACAAACACAAAGGGAGUACGAAGAAAGAGAAGGUGGGAGUCUUUAGAGUCAUCGAAACCGAGGAGUCAUCAGAGAUCGUGCUGACCUGAGAAAACUUGAAAUACUCGGAUAUGAACCUUCGACCACUGUCCAUCUGGAUAAAAAACAAACUUAAACUGCAGUCACUGCUGAUUGUAGACUUUAAAAGAUGUAUUUUUUUCUUUCACUUAACUGCCUUCAAAGCACUCUGUUUAUAGAGCUUUUUUUUGUUGAUAUGUGAUUUCUUCCUUGACCUUUAACCUGCCAGUGAAACCUACAAACAAAACAUUAAAGUCAUUUAGUGCAAUCCCAGUGUUAGAAAUCAGACAAGUAUACUGACUGGCUGUAUUUGAAAGUUUAACAGUUUAACUUUCGUCUCAUUCAUUCACUGCAUUAUCUUAAACACUGGCUCAAGCCUUCUGGUUGUGAGCCUGCUCCAUGUUUAUCCAUCUUUUUUAAAGAGGCAAUACUAGAGUGACAUUGUGUAGUUCAGCUUGUCCUUCAAUUUUAUGGCCGCUUCAUCCUUAAUGUCUUUAACAAUUGUAAUAUUCUAUGCACUUUCAUGCAGGAGAAGCACACUUGUUUCCCGUGUUCUUUAAUAAAUAAACUCUGACUUAA